AGGUCAUAAAUCCAAACCAUGGUCAGAAGUUGAGCAUUGAUUUUCUAACCAUGUUCAUGUUCAACUUUCCUCUAACCGCGUUCACCGUUAUUUAGUUACUCCGUCGUUAGUCAUCUACAUUCAAAAAUCGCGUUUCUUACCUUACACUAGAAACAAAUAAAUGAAAAUACCUUCAUUCUUUUAGAUUUCUUCCUUAUCAUAGCGUUCAUCUACUGUUAAUUCCAUCGUUAUUCAUUGUCUCCCUCACUUUGCACAAUAAUGUCGCGCGUCACCAUCGCCAACCUACCCCGGAUGAGCCGCGAUACCCUCGCGGCCAUGCUACUCACGCCUACCAACGCCAAUACACUCGCGAUAGUAGAUGUACGGGAUUCAGAUCACGUCGGCGGCCACAUCUUCACUUCGACCUGGCAGCCGAGCGCGACUCUCGGCCGGCACAUGCCGGAGCUCAUCAACUCGCUACGCGACAAGGAGAAAGUCGUCUUCCACUGCGCGCUGAGCCAAGAGCGCGGUCCCUCUGCGGCACUCAAAUACAUACGAGAACGAGAACAAGUACUGGGGAAGGAAGAGAGUGCUAAGCAGACCGUGUUUGUUUUAGAUGGGGGCUUUGUCCGGUGGCAGGAAAAGUAUGGGGAGGAUCAACGGCUGACGCAGGGGUAUGUUAAGGAUAUUUGGGAGGAUUGAGGGGCCCUACACUAGAGGGAGGAUGUUGUAUUUUUUUAUUUUUAUUUUUAUUAUUUUUAAUUAUUUUUAAUUAUUAUUUUUAAUUUUUUACGCGAUAUACAACUGUUAUGCGACGUUUUAAUAUUUGGUUUCGUUUACACCCGCCUGGAGGCUCGCGAUGCGAAUCGUCAACUGCGGAACUUCGGCCACGAUAGGCACUGGACGAUGAUCAAUGGUUUAAAAAAAAGAAUAAACGCGGAAGAAGACUACCUUCAUUUCUAGCCCGCACAGGUUUGCCAAAACAUCUUCAUUCCUUAGUAUACGUCCCUAACAGCGAUUAUUCGAAGACUGGGUUGAAAUAGUAUUAACCGGCGGCCAAGACAAGCUCGACAUGAGCCAUUCCAACAACGGAUGCUGUUUCUUCCUCCAAUCAUUCUAUAGAGAACUUCGUGGCUUCCUAUACAACAAGCUCUGAUAGAUGAUAGGAUCUUUGAAAAUACAAGAUUUCUCAUGAUAAUUGGAAUUGGUUAGUUAUUCCAGCAUGAGGGAAAUACUCAAUACGAUACCCAUCUUUGCCGCCCCUAUUCGUCCAAAAACCCAGAGAUCCAGCAUUAAAAUACAUCAAGGAUAUAUAAUACAUACGAAAUUACAUAUAUAAAUACAAACCAAACCCUCCAAAAAGGUUUACCUUACCCUAAAACACUCCCUCCGAACCCAACAGGCCUCCGCUUCCCCCCACUCUCUGGCACAAUAGCCAAAGCCUUAUAUAGUCUCCCCAUGCCCCCCCCCCCUCUCUCCACCAAGCGCUUCCACCCACUCUCAAUCCGCUUCCUCUUCUCCUCAUCGCCCUCCCCUUCCACCUUCUUCAGCAACUGUGCCGCCCUCUCCGAAAUCCCCAAGGCUUCUAAAAACGCCCCUUGUUCCGUCGGCCCAUACACCUCCACGCCGGGACUAGCAUCAAUCGCCGCCUCCGCCAGCGCCGUGAAAUCCACAUCGGCGCUAACGUCAACCUGGCCGGGAGCGGCAAAGGGGGAAACGAGCUGAUGUUUCCGGAUGCCGCGGAGGGAGUUUAUGGGAAUUGUAGAGGUGGUGCCGUAGUCGAGGAUAAGAGCGGCGCCGGAAGGGACUUUAUUCUUCUUCGCGUCCGUGGCCGCUGGGGAGGAUGGGGAGGUAAACGCACCUCCUAUCCGCUUUGCGAUGUCUUGGACGCACGUUUGGCUUUCCGGGCUGAUCUCGAUUGUGGACCCUGGAGUUGAUUUUAGGGCCUUGUACCGGGGCGACAUUUCGGGGAGGAUGAGGGAGGACGGUGUGGAUGCCUUGGCGAGUGAAAGGCGGAAUUCGGGCUCCUUGCUGCUUUUCACUUCUGGCGUUUCUGGGUUGGGCGAGACAACGAGUUCUCUCCAUUGGGUGGUAGUGGAGGAAGAGGGAGCGGACGAUUGGUGGAGAGUGAUAGGACCAGUGGGCGAGUUAAUGGUCUGGGGCUGAGAUGGUACUUCUACAGAUUGGAAGGCGUGUAUGGGUAGGGCGUCGAAGAAUUCGUGGGCGAAAAUGAAGGGGGUUUUAUCGGGUUCUAGAUGUAUGAUAGGCGAGAGGAAUAAUCAAUUAUGCUCACAAACAUCUAUAGAUAUGCCAUGGGGUCGAGCAGGAAAUAUAUACUUACCAUCUGGGAGGAAACUGAUAUGCUCUGCCCAAACAAUCGGGACACCCAGAUGUAUACUCUUGCUCUUAUACCCAGCCUCAACCUCCUCCAUAGGUGCAUCUCCG